AUGGAUCACUCCAGAGAUCCCUGUCCCUGGGUCGCCUUGUCCGACUUUGGCGGAGCGUUUUGUAUGGGUGCUUUGGGAGGUACAUUAUGGCACGGAAUCAAAGGAUUUAGGAAUUCACCCUACGGCGAACGACGGAUAGGCAUGAUCACAGCCAUCAAGGCUCGAGCGCCCGUCACAGGAGGCAACUUUGGUGUAUGGGGCGGCAUGUUCAGCACGUUCGAUUGCGCAGUCAAGGGCAUCCGCCAGAAGGAGGAUCCAUAUAACUCCAUCAUCGCCGGAUUCCUAACAGGCGGGUCGCUGGCGAUAAGAGGAGGUUACAAAGCGGCCCGAAACGGCGCCAUCAUGUGUGCCAUCUUCCUCGCUGUCAUCGAGGGCGUUGGUAUUGGUGUUCAACGAUUCAUGGCAGAGUCAACGAGACUAGAUCUUCCACCACCUGCACCGCCUUCAGAAUCAGGGCGUGUCGCAGCAUGA